AUGCGAAACAGCGGCAUAGGAUAUAAGGGCGCGACUUCCUACAUCUUAACGAUAGGCACUCCUUUUUGUGCAAAAUUCAAAGAUGCCUCUCAAGCAUUUGCUUACACUGCGUUUGCACUGCGCGUUGUCAUGGCUGUAUUUGAAAACAGGCAAAAAAAGGUAUAGGAUCAUUAUUCGCCCUUGCGGAAAAUCUUGAAGAUAUUAUACAUCAAUUUUAGUAGCCUCUUUUAGACUCUCAGUUAGUUCGAGCCCAAGAAAAGACCAGGCGCAAGGACUCUGUCCCUCUUUUCUCUAAUUGGCUUUCUUCAGGUACUUUGUAUUUUCUAAGUCAGAAUUCGAACCAUGAUCACCGGGCGAUGAAGGACAGGUUCUUUCAGUUUGAACCCAGCCUAGGAUCAUAUCUAUCAUUUUUUUCUACAUCAGUUUCGAAACCUGGAGGGCUAUUGAUGAGACUGAAAAAGGAUCGAAAGAAAAUUUCACACCAACUACCUAUACCAUAUAAAGGCCUUUUAAUUUGCUUUCUUUUUCCACAUUCUCUUUUCCUCCCCGGAACGUCUUAGGGUAGCUAACCUGUUCCAGAUUCCAAGAUAGAAGGGAAAGCGGACCGAGACAAAAUGCGCGAAAACAGCCUUGGGGCUGCAGAGAUACGAGGAGCCGAUGUGGAGUUUCUCCUUUUUCUCUCUUCCCGCCGUUUUUUGCCUGCUCGCUCGCUCGCUUUUUCGAACGUCUGCACUGACCGAGAGACUGGCAAAGGCUACAGUGUUGCCGGCAAACAAGCUGACCAAACCCUCUUCACUUUUUCCUUUCGCUUACAGCUUACGAAUCUAUGUUUGUCGGUGGCAAGUUCCCGACUGAUUUCAGUCUGGGACAUGAUUGGGCAUUAUUUGGUCUCAAAGUUGAGAUGACGGUUCGAUCAUGCCCCUCAGCUCCAAUGAUACUCUCCUGUUUGCUAACCGUCAGCAUUCGCUGGUAGUGGCAAGUUCCUGUCAAGCGAGUAAGGUCCGUAAGAGGCCUAAGGAAAUAGAGAAUUAAUAGGAAUAACAUCAGUAGAAUCUGUUAAGAAAAUCCUAUCAGCACAACCACGCUAACAACGCUGGACAAAAAUUGUGGGGAAGUCACGAGGGUGGUGAUCUAGGGGUUGUCCGGGAGGUUCGAUCGAAAACCCUCUGCUGAACCGGAAAAAAGGGAGAAAGCAAGAAGAAAAAGUAAAGAUGAAAUAGUAAUAACAAUUAACCAUACACAAGGAUCUUGCCAUAUACUGUGAGGUAGAAAAUUGAAAAAUUCUUACUUGGACUUGCCGAAACCUUGGAUUUUCUACCAUGGACAUUUUCUUUUACGUUUACCUUCUGACAACUAUAACAAUUAAAGUGUUAAUCAAUUAUUUCACACCCAAAAAACAUCAACAAUUCUCCCCCACUUUGUUUUGUGUAAGCAAAACGACAGGCAUGUCUGUUAACACUGUCACUGUCACACACACACUGUUCUUUUUUUGGCGCACUCUAGUAUCUUUGUUUUACAGCCCGUUUCAAGCAGUGCACGCGUUCAUGCCCAAUUUUAGCAGCUUUGAUCUUACGUGGACAUCACUAAGCCAAGAUUCUCUCUUGACAUAGCUUUUUCACAGAAAUCUCUUUAAAGAUCUUCCAGCGCGCGGUGGACGGGCUAACGUGUAAAUUGCUAUUUAUUUUCUGCAUAACAUGUAUUAUGAGUGACUACAGGCCAAGGCUUUUGGGCCAAGUGCAAAUUUUUCACGACUCCAGUAUCUCGCAAUUCUCAGAAGAGACCUGAGCACAAUGAAAACCAAACAAACAUGGAAAAAUGAUCAGAAAGCCUAAGAGUCUUGUUAGAAUUUUAAUACAUAUCUAACGUGGGCUAUUAGAAUGGCUUCUCGACUUUCACGUAGCCAUCAGGAGCCGAUUACGGAAAUGACAGAUUUCCCUACCCUUAUUUUAACUAGUGAAAUCCCUAUCCGUUCAUGUACCUGCGGCCUGAAUAAGGCACCCCGUUCGGGAGGAGCCUCCCCAAAGGCUACUGUAGGGAGCACGGAGUACUCCUUCCCUACCCCCCGCAGGGCUGCGCGGUAAACCUCCACAACAUUCUCUCUUGUCCACAACCAUUAACCACUGGAAGAAAUUUUAAGUGAAAUUGUGAACAGUUAUUGAAUGAGGUUUUUGUGAUAUCCGGAAUAAUCAAGGUCGAGGUAAGUGUUAAAGGGACUAUGUCACCCAACACGCAUGCGCGAGCCAAUGAAAACAAACUUGAAAAAGACGGCCCAACUUUUUCAAGUUGUGUCGGAGAUUUUGGAAGGCUGUUUUUAUCUGUCUAAAUCUCAGCCAUCUUUCGAUAGUUAGCAAAGUUUUGUAUUAAGAAUCGUUCUAUGGUGAUUACAGAACAAUUUUUUGCCGUUAUUUUAAAAUUGUUUGCCUGUGGAAUGUUUUUACGUGGAUUUACUACAUGUGUCCUCUUAUCAGCGACCGUUGUAAUGGCAGAGUUAAUGACGGCUACUCCACAAUGAGUGAUGGAAUCUUUGAUGGAAUCUUCCCUAUAGUUCACAGGACCUUUCUGUUGAGUUAUUUUAGAGGCUGCUGGCUCUUGGAUUUUUCUUGUACUCAAAGUAUGUGGACAUAUAAUGAAGCGGCUAUCGAGUUGGCGGCGGCCGUUUUUUGUAAACGAUUACAAGAGCAUCAGGCCAUGAGUUUCGUGACGCAACUAAACUCCUGGCGAAGGAAACAUUCUAAAAUUCGGCUAGAUUCCUUCUUGUAUUUAUCUCGAUUCACGGCAAAGAUAAACACGACCGUUUGCUCGUCCAGAUUGUUCUCAACGGACUUAGAGAGGCACCUUAGUACGAGUUAGAUCCUGCAAAUGUCAUGUUUUUGAACUGUUUGUGUUCGAGCAUAAUUUUGGAAAAUAGCAGAGUUUACUUUCCCUUUUUAUCAACGCACUGCUUAUAGUGGAGUAGUAUACCAAUGAUGCUGGGUUCUGUUUUUCUCGACGUCCCAGUGAUUCGGCACGAUCGAACAAUUUUGCGCGAUAAUGUAUGUUUCCCUAAGAUCAAAACAAAGACUUGGUCUCUUGUUCUAUCAGCAUCUAAAUUAUAAAAUCAGUAGCGACAGAGAAGGCUAAUUGUUAAUGAUUUGAAACAGUCUUGGUCUUUAUCUUCGGUCUAGCGUCUUUUGUAGCUCGUUUGUAAAAUACAACUUCCAUUUAUUUUGUUGAAUAAGACAAUAUGUUGUUGAAUUUUUGUUUGCGCUCUAUUUUAUGAAUGGCAUGCGUUUUUACUUCAAAACUACAAGUAAAAUUGUCGUCACAAUUUUAUUCUUGAUCUAGCAUAACCAGAGAAGAAACGUUCCAUAAAUUCUAUCGAAAUAUCCCUUAUCCAAACCCAUUUCGCUUGUUAACCUCUCUAAAUUCGGAACCUUGGACGUGACAGAGAACAUAAAGAAAGUCACGCGUUAAUUCAAAACAAUAGAAUUUUGACAGUUGAAAGUAAUUUGCAUAACCUCAGAGCGCAUGCUCUCCAGCUGACAUAGCCCCUUUAAGCUCCCUCUCUCCGUUUUUCCUUUGUCAGGGGGAGGGGGCUAACUGUCUGUAGGUUGCACUGCUUUACAAAACUAGCUGUAGGCUUUUAGCCAAUGGAAAGAAAGAUAGUGAGUACAAUGUAUAAUAACAACUAUAAUAGCCGGCGCUUUUGAAUAAAGAAAAUGUAACAUCGGUUCGUACUCUGCUGUGUCCGAAUCAUCUGGGGAUGGCUCUUUGACCUCUUUGUAUAGUUUAUCAUAAAUUAUAAAAAGCAAAUGUCAAGACUUCUGCUAAUUAUGUGUUAUUGAUAUGAUGUGAAACACUACCCUCGUUGUAUAUUAAAACAGCAUUCGCUGAUUGGUUGACAGAAAUGUAUUUCGGUUUUGAAAUACUACUUAGUUUCACUCGCGUCCUUCCAAAUCAAGAAACAGACGCUACAAGUCGAAGAGCGGCACAAGAACUUUUUUUAGCGCUUGUCGGCUUGAUUAUAGUCGUUUUACAGAAUGUUGUGUGCUCGCCUCAUUCUCAUUUUAGCUUUUAUCUUGUUGGCUUCUGGGCGCCCAUCACCAGAACUUAGCUUGGAGGAAAUCGAGAAAGGUAAGUCGUUAUUUAAGCGGCGUUCAUCGCCUAUCAAGCGCAAGAACAGCAGAAAACAAUGGUUUCAUUUGAUCUUUUACUUUUAUGUUAAUACAAAUAUUUUCUACGUUGUAUAACUGUCCUACAGCAUGGCACAAGUGUUGACCGCGCUUUACAGCGCAACAGAUGGUUGUUAUCAAGUGGGACGCGAUUAUCUAAAAUUGUCUUAAAUUAUUUCUAAUUGCCUCUUUUACAUAUACAGUAGAAAUCGGUUUUCUCGAACCCUGAGUAGCCCUGGGUUUUUCGAAAUUCCCGAUAAUUCGAACCAAACCUAACUUCCCCGACUUCCCCAGUCAAACACUGUAGUUUCACCCGGGGUCGAUUUUCAAACCUCCCGAUAAUUCGAACCAAUUUGCUUUUCCAAGGUAGUUCGAAAACAGGAUUCCAAUGUAGUAGUCAUACUUAUUCAUAGCUGUGCCGAUGAUGCUGUUUCUCAGUCAGCUUCAGUCUAUUACGAUGAGUACGUGUUCUCCUUGAUGAUAAUCAUUCCGAUCAUACAACACACAGGCUUAGUUCCCACCUAGUGAGCCAUUUCAACCCCGCAGUCUGACUAUAAUCUGUUCAGUAAUUGUUGGUUUAAGAAUAGACAGCAGUUUUUGUGAAAAUACAUUGAGGUUACGACUGUUGAUAAGCAUGCUUUGAAAAUAUAUCAAAGUAUUGUUAAAGAAGCCAGUGAAAGGCAAAAAUUGGGCAGAAUUUGUUCGUUUCGUUUGGUGUUUUUAAUAUAGCGGCAGAUGUAGACGAAGUCUGUUUCAUUUUAGCGGCUAUGAAACCAAGGCAAGAUUAUCUGAUAAGCAUGAGAAAAUCCUCACAUUAAAUACGAAGUCAUGUAGACUAUAAAAGAUGUAAAAAUUUAAUUUCUUUUCUCCAGUGGUAUGUUUUCCUCUUCGCAGGAUAGAAUUGAAAACGAAAAUUGUUUAGUUGUCACCCAGCCUUUUGACCUGCGAGGUACACUCGCAAGGUAUAAUUACAUAGCGCGAUAAUCCACUCAAGUUGUGAUAGGUUAAAACAGAAGGCGAGGCACAUUCUACCAUACCAAACUCUGAAAUUACUUUAAUGUGUUUCUGAGAGGGAUUUUUUCUCCUUGCUAUGAAGACUAUGAUUAUCUCCCAGCUCUUACCGCAAAAGUGAGAAAUAUUUUAUACUUCUAUUAAAAGGUGAAUAAGAUUUUAAAUUAAUUACGUCAUAUAGGCCGUGCUUAAUCAGAUCUUGUCUUGUCUAGCAGCCCAAAGUAUGUUUUGUCAAAGGGAAAUAUUUAUGUUGAGAGUUACAGGAAUUCAUAAUGAAAUUUCGCGAUUAUUUGAAACGUUGCAAAUAGCGUGAAAAACGUUGAACGUGAUGUUAAAGAUGAAGUUGCUUAGUUGUAAGAGCUAAGCCUAUCCCAGCCCUUCAUCAACACACUGCACGCGAAGGAAGGAAAAUCUUUCAAGAGCUCGCUUUUUCAUUUUUUGCUUCCUUUGCCCUGCUUCUUCUUUAGUUGUCCAUCAGUUCUGUUUCAAACUUAAGAUCGUACCUCGUUAUUUUCGGGUUGUGAUCUGAAAACAAAACUCAACGACAAACUUAUGAUGCACUUAUCGCCUUAUCUUUUUUAUUAUGUCAAGCUGUCUAUAUCCCUCCGCCAAGAAAAACAUUUGAAAAAUAGUUUGUCCCGCAUUUCCUAAACUGCACUUCCCCCGCCCUUGACUAGGAACGUCACACUUGUGUGGUAUUUCAAUUGCAAGGAAAAGAAUUUUAAAUUUGGUACCGAUGUAGUUACCAAAGCUGAAAAGAAUAUUAUAAAGUAUAAGUACAAUACGAGCUAUCUUUCAAUUUUCUUAGGUAUGGUAGAGCAAGCGAAAUUCACAAGCGCGCGUGAAAAUCGUUACCCGCGAGGGAGGCGAUCGCGUGUGGCGAUUUUCAGCAGGGCUUGAGUAUUUCGCUCGCUUUUAUAUAUACCUGGAUUUUUGAAAAAAUAGCAAAAAUAUCAACUCAUUCUACUACUUGGCAAUGUAAAACAAUAAACCUCAUUCAAAGGCCGAUUAAGAGCCUGUAUCUAACGCCGGGCAGAAAGUUAAUGGUCCCUAGAAGCAUUCCAACGACUCCAAAUGUCAGAUGACGCAAAUUUUUGAACAUUUAUUCAGUAAACUGACUUCGCAAAGUUUCAAACCGGUGUCAUUUCAUUCUAGAAAUUUUUAAGUUGAGUGAACUGCAGCGAAAGAGUGCCUGGUUAAGGCUUACAUAACAACUUAAAUAGUUAGUAAAACACUUCUUUUUCGGCGGAUCGAUAAACAACAGGAUUCCGCAUGGAAUAGACAACAAACUGAAUGAAACGUAGUGCAAAAAAUUAUCACUUUCUUAUCUGCAAAAAUCGGCCUAUGGUUCAAUGCCAUUAGAGCCCGCUGAAACUAGACCUAGAUCCAAUUUUCCUGAGUCGAGAGUCGCUUUCCCAAGACUAAACACCGACGAAACAAUAUUAAUGGCUGGCACAGAAUAUUUUGGCCAAACCGUAGUUACCCUGCGAGCAGUGGUUUCUCGCCUGGAGAAACCACUGCUCGCAGGGUAAACCCCAGUUCAACCACGCGAUCACAAACCUGUCGACACCAUGCGGAAAUCGCACAAUCACACUCUUUCGAGGCACUGAUAAGACUAUCCACAACCACGCAUAAUCUUCUCACGUUUAACAUAUGCGAAAUAUCAUCGAAUAACUCGGAAAAACUCAGCCUACUGCCAGAUAAACACCUCUGGACUUUUCUCGUACACUCGUCUUGUUCAAGUUCCCGGAUGUGGAGUCACACGGUCGGCGGAUCACCUUAGCCCUGUUUUCACACCAGAAAAAAACGACGUCUUGGCCCGGUUAAAGUUCACCUGCAAUUUUGCUCUCACCUAAUUCAUUUGACUCCUAAGAGCCUGUUCCUGAGGUCAAAGACUUAGUGGUCACAUUAGAAAAGCGAACAAUAUCGUACCUUUCUGUCUCAGCCCGGAUCAGGUUGAUUGAUCCGUUUAGCCAAAUGAAACGAGAAUAUAAUACGAUAUUGCACGAUGCAGACUCUGCGAAUCGUAAUAACUUUGCCCCAUAUCAGAGCUUUGCAUGAUGCUCUCCGGGAAACUUUUCUCAAGGUGACCAAUAUGUCCAAUAUCUAAAACUAAACUGCUAAACGGCACCGAAACCAGCCUUAGGAGCGCACUGAUUUCAAAUAACGAUAACUGUCACUUGUGUUAAACAAAGAAUUGUGGGUAGGGAAAAAAAGGGGAUCCGGGGGGGGGGGGUAAGAUAGUAAUGGGGAUAUUUUCGCGAAAUUUUCCACAAAUCCCUAACCACAAAACAAGCAAAAAAAACACGACAUAAGCAAACAACACAGUAAACAAGCUGUUAGACCAGGGAAGUUGAGAAAAAUUACAAAGUGUUUGCUAACCUGGUUUUCACAACUCCAGGGCCCAGUUGCUCGAAGCAUGGUUAGCGUUUAACCAGCGUUUAAUACCUUGACAACGUAUUGGUUUUGAUACUGCUUAACCAAUGGUUAAAGCUAACCAUGCUUUGAGCAACUCAGGCCAGGUAUAUAUUAUCCCUAUAGAAAAUGAGAGACUAACUUGUUGCCUGAAGAAUAUGCCUUUUUUUAAGAAAAUUAUUGGGGAAGAAUAAUCAAAUCUUUACCAAAGGUGAACUCCCCUAUUAAAAGCCCAGAAAAAAUAGCAAUGUUGUAACAGACGUCUGUAUUGGAAGAUACCUUAUUUGUUUGGGUUAAAAAUUUUUUGCAGGGCAAUGUUAUAACAUUUUCUAGGUAUUGAGGAUGAGGAACAGUUUUUCCCAGGGUUAUUUAUUUUUGCAUCUGCAGCGUCUUAAAAGACGUUGGUUUUUAUAAAGAUCAAAGCAAUUUUUUCCCAGAGAUAAAGCUUCCGUCCCUUGUAAUGAGGCUUAAAAAACGUUAGCAUUCUUCGUGAGAGCUUUACGGGCAAAAUAAUAAAACCUAAUAGACCUUUUUACCGAUGAAAGCGCGCGGACCGCGAGGGAGAAGGACACGCGCUAGGAGCGAGGAGGCUAUCGUUUUUUUUUUCGCGCGCUCGAGCAUUGUUUAUCUCGGACCUAACAAGUGAGACCUGCGCUUGACGGUUGCAAAAUAAUAAAACCUAACUUUCCGGUUGUUCACUGAGUUAGCUCGCUAAGGUGAAGGACAAUAUUUUUAUCGGGCUUUUAGGAACGUUUCCAAGAUUUUUUCAGAGUGAGCACAAUUCUGCAAAUGCCCCAGGCCGAGCAAAAACAACGAGUUUACGCUAAAUACCGCGCUAUUUCCCACCUGUUUUUCUAUAGACAAAUCGAUGAAGAUUUGGUCCACAAAUGAGCACGUCGCUUCUCUGAAAGCCGACUUUCGAGGGUGAAAAAAAGGCUUUUGUUUCAGAAGACAAAAAUUUUAAAAACUGUGCUCUUAAAAUAAUCAUAUUUUAUACAUUUGAUUUGCUCUUUUUACUUUCUCUCGUCGUUUUAAGGUACACACGUGCGAACCGUGCGUACAGGUAGCCACGCCCCUGCUUUUAUGGGUUGUCAUUUAUGUUAACGCGCGUGGCAUGCGCAUAAGAUAUGUGGUGCGUAAGCCAUAUAUAAGCUAUGCUCGAGAGAGAAGCGUCCUCCCCCCUCGCAGCAAGCUUCGUAGUUCUUACCUGCGCACAAUGAAAUUUCUCACGAGCCUGCUAGUUUAAUGAAUACAUAUAUUGUGUUUUUUUUUUUUCAGAACUCCAACAGUUAAGCGCACAUGUGUCGGACGAUGCGACAGGUAAGUCAGUGAAGAAGUUCUCUUUCAGAAGUGUUCUUUCUUGAACCGCUGAAACGACCUCAAUCGUAUAUUAAGCUAACCUGUAUUAAGUAGUCUCCCUCUACGUACGUGUUACAAAAGUCCUGGAAAUCAUUUUCCUUAAUCAUUGUAAGACUGACCUGUAUGAAGAGGUCGCGGUCAUCUUGUUUAAGGUUUCAACGAGUUAUUUUUUACGGUCUUCGUCUCUAUUAAAUGGUCACUUUGACAAAAUGUAGCAUAAACUGCUACCAGCGCAACAGAUACACUGUCUGUGGGAUAGAUAUUUAGCUCUUUGACUGCACCCUGCCAAGAAGAAGACGAAAGGAUGCUCUGUUCGUGGGUUGGUUUGACUGAAUGUUUGAUCGCAACAUGUAACCGUAAGUAAACGUAGACUGCAAACAAGCUAGCCUCCCACGCAGGCGUUUUUAGGGGAGCUCGUAUUUCUUCCCUCCCCACUUGAGGGAAGAAAUACGAGCUCCCCUAAAAACGCCUGCGUGGGAGGCUACAAACAAGCUUGCACGCGCAAAAGGCGUGUGGAAUACGUGGGUGGGGAGCUCUCGCGCUGGAGAGACCGAAAAUCUUUUUCUCAAGCUAACAAACUGAAUAUGAAUAUUGAAUAUUGAAUAUGAAUUCAUAUUUUACUUCUAUUAAUUUUAGAUGUAACAUCUAAAAGCGUGAAUGACCAAACAAAAUCAACGAAGGAAGACGCUUCUAAAAAGACCGAAACUGGUAAAGUGACGUUUAUUCAGUCAAUAUUUCAAUUCUUUAAUGCCCCGAAGCCCCUUUUUAUUAUAAAACUAAAUCUUAAAGUAAAGGAACCAAAAGCACUAACAUUCCACUUCUUCAGGUGGCGUUUUUUGCACACUGUUACAUAUUCCUGAACAUUUCCCUUAAGAGGAAAGAGAGAUAUCAUGCGUAAUUCAACACUGAAUUUCUGUUAACAAACUUAAUUUGUCAAGUCUUGUUUCAUUUCGUGUUAAAUAUAUAAGCCUACUGCAAAUACAUGCAGUCACUGGUAUAGUGGCGAAGGCAACGAGGACAUCAGUAAAAAAGCAAUAGUUUUAAUGAACAAAACAACAACUCAUCGCGUGUUUCACAAUUUUUGGGACAUUUCUUGGUCACCACUGCAAGACUACGAAGUGAAAUAUCUUGAUUUUACGCUUUAUAGAGAACGUAUACACAAGACGACGAUCUUCGUUUUCUUUUUCUCAACGUGAAUAAUCUUUAAGAAAUAAACCCUAGCAGUGAAGUUUAAACCAGCGUGAAUUCACUUUCUAAACGUCGUUUUCUUUGCCGUCGCCGUCGCAUAAGUUCCCUACCAUAGAAAUACCAAGAAAAAGCUUAGCACUACAGUUUACCUCCUACUCUUGCUGCUCCAUUUCCUUGUUUGAGUCUUUUCAUUAUGUUAACAGCCAUUUCUUCAAAUGAGUAUAUUUUCAAACACCUGUAUUCUUAGUUAGCAAAUUGAUUUGGCCACAAUACCGCUAAUUGUUUAGCCUUAGCAUCUGGGAAUAUUUCUGUGCUAAGUCUUGCUGGGACCCUACAAGUUAUUUCAUCAUUGAUAUUCAUUGUAAUUGUUCCCUUUUAUCUUUAGAGGUGCCCAAGGAGCUUACAAGUAAAACAAGGGAAGUCCCCAAGGAAAAUCUCGAGACUUUGGCAAAGAGUAAGUGUGCAGCGGCUCCUUACAGAUUAAACCAUGCGGUUUUAGCAACUUUGCAAAACUAAACUUUCAUGUUUACUUUGAAAGAUCUCCCUAGCACUAAAAUGACAACAUUUGCUUUAGACAAACUAUUAUAUUAAUGAAACCCUGCGUACUAAAUUAAGUUAAGAUCGUCUGUUGGGUCAGAGGUCGAACUUCGGACGCGUAGAGCCAAUAAACUGAAUCAUACCAAAAAUAAAUUUUCACAUGGAUCUUCACAAGGGACGAACUAAACUAAUAAAAUAAACAUUUUUAGGAUAACGUAUAUUUAGCCUCGUUGAGGGGAAAUUUAUUUCACUUUAUUUUUUUUUGAUAAAAUCGACGCCUGAUAAAUUAUGUAUACUUAGCCUUGUUCGGCUACCCUGUCAAAUAUAUCACUAUCUCUAUGCUAAUAAUUACUGUCUUUCUUUCUUUAGCUCUCACAAAAACCGAACAAAAGAAAGAUGCAACCAAGGAGACAACAUCAGAUAACAAGGAUAAGAAAACCACUGAUAGUAAGUAAAGGGUGAAUUUAUUUGCAGUGUACGGGGUGGGGAUGAGUUACCCCCUGGGUGCCAGAAACUUUCAUGCGCGGUUUUCGGUUCGGUCAGGUCUUUAUAGUAGAAACGAAGACGGCGACAGCAACGAGAAUGGCAAAAAAAGCAUUAAGUUUGUUGAGUAAAACAACAACUCUACACGUACAGCAUACUUUUUUUUUGUACAUUUUUGCUUCCACUGCACGACUACGACGUGAAAAUCACCUAAUUUCAAGUCAGUUUGUGGAGGACGCGUACGUGAACAUAAGACAAAGACUUUUCUUUUCUUUUGCGAUAAAGUUUGAUGCAACGUGGCUUCACUUUUUAAGUGACGUUUUCGUAGCCGUCGCCGUCGUCGUUGCUUGUGUCCCGCGCGAAAAGCCUCUCACGGGACCAGAACGCGAUUGCGGGUAAAUCGGUUUAGUCCAGAUUUUGCACCCGACAGCUGAUUGGCUCCUAACGACCACCUCCCAGGGUGGUAGGAUUGAUUUACAAAACUCUGCGUAUUUUUGGAAAAUUUGUGGCUACCUCCUGAAAGUGUAAUAUAAAUUUCUAUAAAUGUAGUGGCUGCUUCGAUCCUUAGUCUGUGUUUCAUAAGAACUGGUUUGCUGUUGUUCUCUUUAACAUUGCCGUUCUACGCAUUAUAAUUACCAAUCAAAUUCUUUAACCAAAUCUUCUUUAACUAAACAUGUAUUAAUUAUCUUCUCCAGCCUCUGCAGAUUCAGUUGUUCGGUUACCUCUCCAGAAAAAGCAAGGUAAACUGUUAACGUUUAUAGCUUAGUAUACCGGCCUUAAAAGAAACUUUUAUCCGUUUUCAGUCCAAAGUUGUUUUUUCCUUAUCCGGUGAUCUUCAUUUAUAUCUUACUCUUGCUUACCAUUAUCCUAGAUUUCAGGGACAGCGCAGCUUACAGACGGCUUAUGGGUAUGGUUUGUUUAUAUUUCAGAAUUGGUUUAGCGUUAUUACUUGAGUUUGUAACUCUGUUCCUGCAUUUCAUUUAUUUCUUUUUGAAUUCCAGAGCUCGAUGCUGCUAAUUCCCAGUACCAAAAGACCCCAAUACGCAAGCCAGGUAAUAAAACACUUGGAAAUUUCAACGGUAUUUCACGAUCAGGCCCUAGUUGUUCAAAAGCUGGAUAGCGCUAUCCAUUGGAUAAAUAUAAGUAAUUAUCCACUGGACAGUGAUUUAUCCGGUGCAUAGCGCUAUCCAGCGUUCGAACACGUUAAUCUUAGGCCCCGUCCACACGAAAACGAUUGUAAACGCAAACGCUAGUAAACGCAAACUUUUUUAUGCGUUUAGGCCUUCCGUCCACACGAAGACGAUGAAAACGCUCACCGUAAACGCAUAAAUUCGAAAACGCUCUCCAAAGUGGAUAAAUUUGAAAACGCCCCUUAUGCGUCUUCGUGUGGACGGCCGUAAACGUAUAUUUUCGUAAACGCUGUGAAAACGCUGACGUCAGAUGUCAGCGCCAGUCUCUUUUAUCGAGUGCCUUUCCAAGAUGGCGUACACACGAGUGUUGAACUGUGUCAUGCUUGCGCUUAUUUCAAGCAUAAUUGCGAGCAUUCAAUUGAAUCAUGCAAUAAUCGAUAUACAGGAAAACUACAAAAGAAGAAGACUAAACCUAUCAAGAUUGUUAUCCACAACUACAAGCACUUUUACUCGAGUAAAACGACUUAGAUGCAGACGUGAGAGCAAAGAGAGAAGAUUCUGGACCAGACCAGGUCGUACAAGCGCCUGGUGGAACAACUUUGCCGAUCAGGUGGUUAUAGCAGAAGAGUGGAAAGAGAACUUUCGAAUGAGCAGAGACUCGCUAUAUAAUCUAGCUGAAGAACUGAGACUAUGACAUCGUUUUAUGCGUUUACGAGCGUUUUCGUGUGGACGGUUUAAAACGCUACGUAAACGAUGAUCGUUUUCGUGUGGACGGAGAUAAAAAUAUGCGUUUACUAGCGUUUGCGUUUACAAUCGUCUUCGUGUGGACGGGGUCUAAGAAACAUAUAUUUUAUUUGACCGGAAGUUUUAUUUUGUAGUAUUCCCGGAAGCACCUUUCAAGAGGACACAUGGUAAGCGCCAUAGAACUCAUUUUUGCUAGCUUGCUCACCACGCAAGCAUCAAAUGCCUAGGCGUGUUGGCGAGUAGGACUCUAUAGUGUUAAUGGUAGUCUUUCUACAUGUUUCCUACCGCUAACGAGCAAUGAUCAUAUUUCAAAACGUAGAAUCAGCUAAUUUCAAGGGUGAAAAGGCCUUCAACAAAAGCACAGUUUUAGAGAGUCAAGUCGGCAAUUUGUUUAAAUUGUGCUAAAUUCUAGUUUAUCGUUUAUAUUGAAGAACACCUAAAAAAGAACAUAACUGUAAUCAUUGUAGUGAGGCUCCAAGGCGCUCUUUCGAUCUUUUAAUUGAUUUUUUUUUUUUGCAGGAUACCCUGAAGUCCCUAGACAGUAUGCUUCAUAUGGUAAGCGAGUUUCUUACGGUUUUAAUUACUCAUUAUAUAUUAGUUUGGUUUAAAAGCUUGAGGAAAAUGUAGUCCUUAAUUUGGUUAGCACAGACGUUCUAAGGGUUUUGUCACGCGUUCCUUUCCGGGGUCAAGUGCUUCCAACAAUUCGGCUCAGUUUAGAGAUUUCUUUUUCCCUCAGUUAGCUUUUUGCGGCUUUUCACUUUCUCGGGCUUUCAGGGGAUCCCAUUUAGGGUCCUUCAGUCCUUUAAUUCCGACCAAAAAUUUCGUUCAAUCCCGUAAUCUCGAGGGUUAUUUUUGGCAUCCCACCUCCCGCGCGUACUCUCAAACCCGAUUUUGCUUAAAAAUCCCAAUCCCGAGCUUCAAAUAAGGGAAAUCCCGGAUCCCGAAAAACCUAUUGGGGACCGUCCUUCUUUCAAGUGAGGCUAUCUAUAUGCUGCCAUCAUGAAAAGCUUGUCAACCAAAAGGCGUUGUAACGUCCUGAAUUUCAGUUUUUUUCUUAAUAGCGGCAUAGACAUUAGUCGACUUGGUUUUAGGGAAUUGGGGGCGACGAAGAUGAGCGAAGUGAGAGAGGAAUUUUGAAGGAAAUGCGUUUAUCCUCCUCUCUCGCGGUCGCGGACUGGCACCACUUGUUUAUUUUUUUCACAAUCUAAUGAGUAAUCUUGUUUCCAAAUGAUCUUUCUUGAAUCCAGGUUUUGAGAAAUUUGACAAGCCUCUUCAGACCAAAUCUCGUAAGUACACCAUGAGUUCUCGAUUUUUGGAUUCAAAUAAUGUUAAGUGAAUCAUUCAAAUUGGUCAAUUAAAACAAGUUUCUUUUUUCUCUUAAAGGUUAUUACGAUAUUCCAGCUAGAAGGACAUACGGUGAGCCAGAACUUAUUCUGUAUUCUUUCUUACUUAUAAACAUGCUUAUUAAGUAGGGCGGCAUUCUGCAAGAGCAUGGAAAACUUGCUUGUGUAAAUGUUCGUUUUUGCUUUUGUAUUGUUUGAUGUCCAAGGAACCGAACUUUUAAACCGAUCACCUCAAAUACCUCCUGAUGCUCGAUCGUUACAUGGUGGGUAAAAGAAACACGAAAUGAAAGUUGAAACCAAAAAAAAAUUGGUAAAGUAAAGUAGUGGGGUGGAGAGAAGCGACGACCGGAAAUACUAUUGCGGUCAAAUAAUCGAAAAGCAAAUAUUUAAAAGAUUGCCCUCACCAAGCGCGGGAAAUUUUGCAAGCGGUUUUGUUUUGCUUGGGGGCGUAAAUAAACCAACUACGCGACUGACCAGCGGCGCGAACGGAUUUGUAAAAGCUAAAUAAAAAAGGCAUGAAAAAGAGAAGCCUGUGCUCGCAGGAUAGAAAUGAACUAUUUUGUUAGCCAGGACACGCCGGCGCUUUUAUUCUUUAAAUUUUGAUUGGUAUUUUUUAUUUCGAGCCCGAAAAGUUACCGACACUUUCGAGAAACGGGCCCCAUUAUACUAGAAAGCCGUAGAAUGGUGUUGAGGAAAUGUGCUCAAAUAAUCGCCUCCUCCAUACAAGGCCUGUGCUAAAAUACUUCUAGUAAGAGAAACCAAAACAGCGUUUUCUAAUGGUCGCGGGCCCGCCCCAGUUCAAGAACGGUGAGGAUACCUAAUUUUCUUCAGAAGAUUAAAUUUCGACAACGUAUUAAAAGUUGGCUUUUUUAAAAAAUUUCAGGAACUAGAUUUGACAAGCAAUUUGAUGCACCUCCAUGUAAGUGAAAGAUCUGUCUUAAGUUUUUGCUUUUUUUUCACUUUUAAAAGAAUACUUUUUUUUUUUUAUGAAACCGUAACACCUCUCUUUUGUCUCCUUUUCAAGAUGACUCUCAAGCACGUCGCAGAAACUUUUUACCUCAUUCUGAUCCAAUGGAACUUUUGAAGAGGCUUUCUGCUGGUAAGCUUAGGACACUGAUUUUAUUAAAUUUGCCCAAUGAAACGAUUUCUCAAAAUGGUUCAUGAAAACUCUUUCAAAGGCCCUCUGAGUUUAUCUUACAGAAAGCAUUGUUUCUUUUGACGCGUUCAGCAAUUUUGUUGCGUCAUUGUCAAGUUGCCCGCUAGUGUAUUGCUUUAGGAGGAGAAUAACUGUACGAACUGUGCGUCCGGGUAUUCCUUUUUGUAAGUAUCGCUGCUAGAUAGCUGCAAUCAAUCAUUAAAUUCACUAAUAAGUUUAAUGAUUUACUUUUCAAAUUUUUUUAAUGUAGAUCAUACCGUAUCUGACACAAACCGCCAAGGAUUUCUUCCAAACCCUAACCCCAAUGUGAACUUAAGAGGGCUUCCUUCAGGUAAGAUCAUUCCCCAACCUUAACUGAGAUGUCUGUAUUGUUUUUUGGCGGACUUUUUCUGGCUGAAAAUUACAAAUCAUUAUCAAACCGAAGAAGAUAUCAAAUUAACCUUUCAUAUUCAUACCUUUCGUGAAUCUUUUCAAAGUGAAGAAACACGGCACUGAAACAAACAGAUCGAGAAUGUGCCAUGAUGCGGCCGGCCCUUUGCAGGCCUGUUCUAGGCGUUUAGAUAGUGAGCAGGGCUGGCGAGAUCUGGCAGGGAACAAUAAACCGUUGAUGUCCCUUUAGAGCCCAACUUGAAAGCACCUACGGCAUUCCUUUAGACCAUGGGCCACCAAAACUUCCUGAGGCACAGAUCAGGGACCAAGACGAAAAAGGUGCAUUCUUGGGAGCUGAGAAACUUCAAAAGUUAAUUAAUUAGAACGAACAGGGGAACAAAAUGUUCAUUCUCAUCUGGCGAGAUAUCUUGGGCAAAGACAUUAGUGCCAGAAGGUUGAGCACAAGGGAACGGAGAGAAGAAUCUGAGAGAACGACCGGCGCGAUCGUCUUGCAUGUUCAACGGGAGAGCCAUCAUAUUGAUGGUGUGAGGGCCAAAAGCUGAGUCCACUUCAUGCCGGGCAGAAGGGCUGAGAGAGCAAUCAAGAUCCGAAUAGCCCUCUGGCUUUGGGCCACACUCCAUUUUCUGAACGCCUGGAACGGGCUAACAUUGUGCGCGUGUAAACGCCAGUCAAUGGAAUAUUUUAACCAGUCAAAUCCAAUAUUUGGUUGUUUGUUUCAGACAUGACCAGAGCUGAACGUGUGUCUUCGUGGUCGGGUGGAAGCUGGUUUCCAGGUAAGCCGCUCUUGUUUAUGCAUUGUUUUAUGCCUAACCCAAAUUAUUCACAAAGUUCCUUGUCCCAGGUGUUCGGAUAUGUUGCAUAGUAAACGUUUUGAAUCGAGUUAUUAUGCGAAAGUUGGAGCUUUUUGCUCUCGCCUCAACACCUUUCCCGACGAACUCGCGCGGAAACGCUUGCUACGCGCGCAGGCUAGUGUUCGAAAAGAUGGAAAAAACUAUACGCAAAAAGGACUAAAUUGCAAUGUAAGAAAGUAUGAUGGGAGUGGGUUUAAUCCCGAGCCUGUUUUCUUCUACUGAAAAGUACUUCGAGAAACAUAAUCAAUAGAAAACCCCAAGAAAGUACUGUGUUUCAGAGGUACCCCUGUUUAGUCUGCUUUUACAGACUUUGUUCUUGCACUUCCAUUAUUAUAAUUUUCCUCUUUUCACUAUGUCUAGUGCUGCGCGACUGUUAACUAGAAAUCAAUACCACAGGGAAAUAUUUUUCAAACAACUCAAACGUGCCGGUAGCCAGAGCUGUUUGUAUCGUUUGAUUUUCAGAAGUCUAUUGGUUGCGUAUCGGAGAGCUUGUUCACAGGCUAGUAUCAGUGUUCGUUAACUCACAUUUUUACAAUAAUCGGUGAGAAGACUGUCCCCGCAAUUACUACAACUUGGGACAGCUCGAUCAGUAGAGACCUAGCCGUAAAAGAUUUUGAUUCAUUCAGAGGGACUGAAUUGUUUGUUCUUUUUUCUAGAUUCGAAACCCGUAAAAAUUCCAGGAAAACUGCCUCCGCCUGAUCUUCCAGGUACUAGAUUUACCCUAAUAUUAUAAUUAUAAUUGUCAUUUGAACAAACUAGUUGAAUGUUUGAGCUUUCUUUGCUUUUUUAUGUGAUUGCUAUAUUUUGCUUUAAUCAAAACUAUCCAGCCACAUAUGUCAAAUCCUAAAUAGUAUGCACGAAGGAGAUGAUUUUUUCAGCAAAAACUCUUGGAAAAAGCUUAUUGCUUUUUCAAAAUGAUUGGGCCGGCCAUGGUCCGGCCGGCCAGUUCUGACUUUUGGAAAGCGCCCCAAGUAAACGAGGUGAAACAAUUUAUUUGUUGCCCGACAAUCGCAAAAAGUCGGCUAUAAAUGUAUAAAUUAAUAUCUUCAAUUGUCUUCUUGGCCAUAAAUUGAUAAAUCUCUUCAUUGCUCGUUUGGUUGCAGAUGUUACUUCACGUUCGUUCAAUGUCGUGCACAAGCAGUCAAGUGAUACAGAACUUGAGGAUCUUAUUCACGGCAAAGAAGGUACGAGUUAGAGUAAAUUCACUGUUAAAUACUCUACAAAAGAAAAAGAUAUCGCGUUCUUUAAGCAUGAUUAUUUUAUUCUCUCGGCUCUCAUCACGUCAGGCCUGUCCUAUCGAGGUCACAGGGAGAAAAGUUAUUUAAGUUUCCGAUAGCAAGUAUGUAGAUUUGGUGCACUUGUAUGAGAUGCAACAUGUGUGAUAGACAUCAUUCCUGCCACCAAUUCUCCUGUGAACUGAUUUGUUUGGCAAGCGCAGCUUAAGUAAGAGGGUUCAAUUUGAUGUUGUCUUGAUUUAAUCACAGGUAUAACGGACUUGGAGAAACGAAAACGAUACCUCAUGGACCAGUUGGCAGAGAAGAUAAAAUUAAGUAAGUGGAAAUCACUGAACAGUUUCUAAACAAUAAGAUUUAGAAAUCCUCCGGUUUUAUUGUAGACAGCGUUAAGUCAGUCAUGAUAUGAUUUUAGAAGUAAAACGCUAACUCGACCUUCUUUUCAAUGCCUGAGGAAAACCUUCACAAAAGACCUCCUUCCUGAAAUGCGCCAUUCUCGUCCCCAGAGCCUCCCAGGGGCCUUAGCACGAGGACCAGGAGUUUCCUAGUCCCUAGGCCUCAUUAUUGCGCAAUGCCUUUGCGUUCCCUGUCACGUGAGCGAGUCAGGGUUAGCAUAAUUUUGGGUAUAAUACUAUUGUAGUUAGCCUGCGAACCGCAGACGCAUUUCCGGUCGUCGCUUCUCUCCCUCCGAAAAAUAGCGUCUGCGAACCCGAGCGACAAAACGAUUUCCGUGACGUAAAACCUCUUGUUUUGAUGUAGGCCAAUCAGAUCAAAGGAUAGAAUACAGCUCGAGUGACUCCUCGCGACCUCGCGCGCUGAAGUGUCUUGGAUUUUGGAGAGAAUUACCAAAUACGCUUUGGAACGUGAAUUUCACGACCAUAACAAGGUUUCCUGCGACGUUGAAUGCUGACUUCUUUAUGAAGCAACUGCUUCUUAAGCUAUGUAUGUGAUGUGGGCCUUUGGUUUCGCUUUAUACAAAAUGAUACGGUAGUACGUGACAUAAACAAAACCUGGACAAAAUAAUCGCUACAGCGAAAGGAAAGCAACAUAGCUUAAUGACAUCGCGCUCAGACUUAUUUAUUUCAAUUUAACCAGCGCUGAUAAAAGGUGGUGAAUCAAUUAUACAGACACAUCCUUGACUGAUUCAGAAAUCUCUAACAAUCGCUCGUUAAUAAUUCUAGUAUCGCCACAACACAAUGAUCUGAAAUAUUAUAAACCUGGGCCAGACCCAGCGUGAAAUAAAUAGUUACAGCAGUAAAUAGAUCAUAGUCAAAAUGACAUUUCAGCUACGACGCUUCUACUCAUCUCACAAAAAACUAUGGAAAUGAGAACCUUGAAAAGAACAUGUAAUUAAAGAAAUAUACCGGAACAAAUAUAAAAUGCUUUCAAACUGAUCAAAGUUCUAUCUGAACCAAGAAGCAACCACCCAUGGGAAAUCAAUUACCACAUGUCCUACCUUUCAAAGAUAAAGGAUAUCUACUAAGAAAAUAUCUAAAACGGCACACGACAAACUAUCGAAGAGUUCUCCAAGCAGGGGCACCCAACGAGGAUAUAGUUCAAAACCACUUAACAUAGCAUCGUUGAACGUAUUUUAGUAUUUAAACGGCGGAUAUAGGCAUAUUUUUAUCCCCUAAAAGCUUCUCAUCUGUUCGGAUUUCCUAGCUGAAAGUCUAGCGGUCCGAAAUAUAUAGGGAUCAAAACUUACCUUUUCGAAAAUUUCAGCUAGGAAAAGGCUCCCGAAAAUUCUAGGUAGCCUUUUUUAGGGUAAAAAUCCGUUGAAAAUGGGUAAUUAUACCAUUUUGUAGAUGUUCGAAAAUCCUAGGAGAGGCAGGCAAGCAAGAGAUUUUACAACAAAUGUUCCGAAAAUUCUAGAUCUCAAAUCGUCUUCCGAACAGAUAUUUUCCGAAAAUUGCCGUUGGGUGCCCCUGUCCAAGGCAUACUUUCCUGCCAGGAACCAGAAAGGAACAGAAGCAACAAACGGCAUGAUGCGUCUACUGUCAUUAGGACAGUUAUCGUUUCGAAUAUGAGCAAAACAACUACGUCUGAUAAAUCAUUGACUCCGUAGGCAAAUAGAUGAAAAAUGUCCUCUAAUCUUUUUUUCGAUAUGAAUCCUCUUGAUACUUAUUUCGUCAAUCAGUCCCACAAUCCUGGCAAAUUAACUUUCGUAAACGCGUCGUUCUGAGAAAAAGGGACGGCUACUACACAAGCCACGUCGUCCUUUCAAUUUCGACUUGAAAGCAUAUCCAUCGCGCACGAUCCUGCGAGAAGUCUCGCGAGUUAGUUCCUUUAUUUUAAGAGCUAAACCGUGAUUGGCUGAAAAGGUUUUACGUCACGGAAAUCGUUUUGUCGCUCGGGUUCGCAGACGCUAUUUUUCGGAGGGAGAGAAGCGACGACCGAAAAUGCGUCUGCAGUUCGCAGGCUAUAUUAUAGUCGAAACAUCGAGCAUAAUGCCGGCAUAAUGGCCAUUUUUUCAGAAUAAAGAGAAUGAUAAUGAAAAAAUAAUACUUCCUUAACUGUACUGAGAAAUUUUGACUUCCAUUCAUUCAAAGGCUUGAUUGCUACUUACAAUGCCUUCUUGCACCAUUGCAUCCGAUUUUGUUAGGCUGCUAAAACUGGCUAAUUGUCUAUCCAUCACGGCUACCAGUUCGAAAUGUGUAACUGGUGCAAUAAAAUGUUGUAUUCGUGUCUGCGCGUAUGGAAAAGGGCAUCAAAUACAGUCAAGAUCAGUCGAGCAUGAUAAUGCUACUUUUCGAGCAUAAUUUUAGGCAUAAUGCUGUGGUUUUGAGGGUGACGCCCAAAAGCAUAAUGCUCAAAUUUUCGAGCAUAAUGUAUCUAACCCUAGAGCGAGUUCGUCUCGGAUACGUUACCGAAAUGAAUUGACCGAGAAGGCCUGGGAAGACGCCGUACAUGGACUAGGCAACGCUAGAAGUUACGCUAGAAGAGCUAGAAGAUGGCAAGGCUGGCUAAAACUGUAAAGCGCAAUAAAGGCCGGCAGGAAUAUGUGUAGUGCUUACUGCGCGCAUUUUACUUUCAUCAUUUAUGCAAGUUGUUGCUGUUCUUUUUUCCUUUCUGUUCUUGUAAAAUAUUGUAAUAUUGAAAAAAUCUGUUCAUUGGUUGAAGAUUACAAAAAUAUAUUGUCUCAACAAUUGUUCUGAUACAAACAUUAGACCUAACUGAUCAAAUCUUAUGAAAUCACAAAAAUUUUCUUCAGGCUCCACUUACUCAAAAGUGGAUAACGCUAUUCCGCACCGGAUAAAUCUCUAUCCAGUGAUAACGAAAUUGGUUUCCCUACUACUCAUCCGUAGGAUAGCGAUUUAUCCGGUGGAUAGCAUUAUCUCACUUUUGAACAACCCGGCUGUGAGUAAAAUUUUUACAUAUUAUUGACUAAUACGUGGUCUUCUUUUCAGAUUUCUCGAUUGUACCAUUUAAGUUUUCCUUUUUUUGAUUUGUGUUUUAGAAGUGGCGGAAGCUCACAAGCGAGGGAUAAAAAUUCCAGACAAGAUCACGGAUUUCCUUUGGGACUGUAAGUUUUCCUUGUGCUUAACACCCCAGUAUUUACCCGAAACAAAAUCAGAUCACCAAACAAAAUGGACUGAUUUGUCGGCUAGUAUCCGCGCUUUUAUUCCGAAAAUUUAUCGGUACUUUGGAGAAACGGGACAUAGCUUCAGUUUUAACAUCUCUGACUCGAAUCAAAGAUAAUCAAAAGCUACUCUUUGUUCCUGAUUUUUUUUUGUUUCCCGCCUUUAUGCAGAUGAAAGUCAACGUGGACGGGAGGCGCGCAUGGUAAGUUCUUUGUUUAGUGCGCAGAAAGGGAUGAAUUAA